AUGCCGCCAAAGAAAGCAGACAUGGAACAGGCGCUCGAAAACCUGCAACAAGAAGUAGGGAAGCUGACAUCGCUGGUUGUGGAGCAACGGCAGGAAGGGGACAGAGUCAGAUCCCUGGAACUGGCCAUGGUUGCAGUCCAAGAGCAGAUGGGCAGAUUCUCUUUUCUGGAGCAGAUGGAGAAGCGGUUCCGUGAGGAGGAAGAAACGAGGAAGAGGUUGAAGGAAGCGGAAAAAGGGAAAGGGCUUCAGAUCGAAGGAAGUCCUUCUCUGGGAAAGACCGGAGUGGAAGAUUCCGGCGAGGGUGAGGCGAGUAACACGGGAAAACCCAUCACGAUCAAACACCAUGACGUAGAAGGGUUGAAACAGAAGGAGGUUUCCGUACGCGAGGAGACCCUUACGAGUCAAACCAUACCGGCGGAGGUGUACCAGAUGGCGAUCCAUCCCUUAACUCGUCGAAUGAAGAUUCCAGAGUUCGAUGGUGAAGGAGUCGAGGGGUGGGUUCUGCGAGUCGACCAGUAUUUUGAGAUCGAAGAGUUCUCGGAAGAGGCCAAACUCAAGGCGGUACGGAUGUGCUUUGUCGAUGACGCUCUUAUGUGGUACCGGUGGGAAAGGGAUCGUUACCCAUUCGAGAGUUGGGCCCAGAUGAGAGAAAGGGUUUUGGAGAAUUUUUCUGAAACUCCUGACACGACGGCCGGAGAGAGGCUACUCACACUCCGACAGGAAGGGUCGGUGAAGGACUUUUGUCGGGAGUUUGUGUCGCUAGCCUCCAACGCGCCAGAGUUGACGGAAGCAGUGCUGGAGAUGGCGUUCAUGGUCGGGUUGAAGCCUAAGAUCCGAGCGGGGGUGAGGAUGUUUGACUCGAGAGGAUUGAAGAAAAUGAUGAGUGUGGCCAAGACGGUGGAGGAAUGGUCGACACCGGAGGUGCCUGGUGGGCCUCAAUCGUCUGUGGGCUCUCAUUCAUCUGGAGGAUACUCAAAGGGGUCAAGGUCCACUUAUGAGAAGAGUACUGGGCCGAAUUCAUUUAAGCCCAAGAGCAGUGGGUCUUAUUCUCAGCAAUCAAACACCUCGCGAGGAGCAACCCCUAGAACGCAGACUCAGAUGAAUCACGGGAGAUUGAAGCCACCUUUCCGUCGAUUAACAGCGGCGGAGGUUGCCAAAUGGAAGGCGGAAGGUCUGUGUUUCAAGUGCGACGAGAAGUUCACCGCAAAUCACAUAUGUCCAAGGAAGGAGCUGUCGGUGCUGCUAGUGAACGAGAAUGGAACGGAGAUAGAACUGCCGGAAGAGAUGACGGAGAUGAGGGAUUCAGAAGAAGAAGAGUUCACCGAAGUAGCGGAGCUGUCGGUAAACUCCGUAGUGGGUCUUUCAUCACCGCAUACGAUCAAACUCAAAGGGAGAGUCGCAGGCGAAGAAGUGGUGGUGUUGAUCGAUAGCGGCGCUACCCACAACUUUAUUUCGGAGGAGCUGGUCAAGAAACUGUCAAUCCCUCGCAGUACCACUAAAGGCUACGGAGUGAUGGUGGGAGCAGGGUUAACAGUGAAAGGAGGAGGCGUGUGUGACGAAGUGGAGCUACAACUUCCAGAAUGCACGGUGACGUCCAGCUUCUUACCUCUAGAGUUGGGCAUGGCUGAUGUGAUUCUAGGGAUACAAUGGUUGGAAACGUUGGGGGAAACUCGCUCUAAUUGGAAGCUACAAUGGAUGAAGUUUCAAUUGGGUAAGGAAACUGUGACGUUACAAGGAGAUCCUAGCCUUUUCUCUGCGCAGGUGUCUCUUAAGGCAUUGUGGAAGGCUAUGGAAAAUGAAGGAGAAGGAUACAUGGUGGAGUUGAGCAGUAUGCAGACAGUCGGCGGAGGAGAGCCUGAACGGUUGAGGAGUGAGUAUCAGUGGGUUGAAAGUGAGUUUGGGGGAACCUUUCAAGAGCCGCAAGGACUACCACCGUCUAGGGGAAAGGAACACGCGAUAACUCUGGAAGCAGGAGCCAAUCCAGUGAGCGUGCGGCCCUUUAGAUACCCGCAUGUGCAGAAAGAAGAGAUUGAGAGGCAGAUAGCGGUAAUGCUGGCAGCAGGGAUCAUACAAGAAAGCAACAGUCCUUUUUCUAGUCCGGUCUUAUUGGUAAGGAAGAAGGAUGGAAGCUGGAGGUUCUGUGUGGAUUACAGAGCACUCAACAAGGUGACAGUACCAGACCGAUACCCAAUUCCCAUGAUCGAUCUUCUGCUUGAUGAGUUGCAGGGGGCCAAGGUGUUUUCGAAACUCGACCUCAGAUCAGGGUAUCAUCAGAUCCUGGUCAAGUCAGAAGAUGUGCCGAAGACGGCGUUCAGAACUCACGAUGGUCAUUACGAAUUCCUCGUAAUGCCCUUUGGCUUGUCCAAUGCACCGGCUACCUUUCAGUCCAUCAUGAACGAUGUGUUCCGUCCUUGGCUGCGCAAGUUUGUCUUAGUAUUCUUUGACGACAUAUUAGUCUACAGUGAGAAUGAGGAAGACCACAAGGCUCACUUGAAGAUAGUCUUGCAGCAGCUUGAGCGACAUCAGUUGUAUGCUAAUAGAAAGAAGUGCACUUUCGGGAGUAAGAGGAUAGAGUAUUUGGGGUAUAUAAUUACAGAAGAGGGGGUAGCUGCAGACAAGGAGAAGGUUCGAGCAAUGGAGGAGUGGCCGUUACCUAAGAAUAUCAGGGGAUUGAGAGGGUUCUUAGGGCUAACAGGUUACUACCGGAAGUUCGUAAGAGAUUACGGGAUCAUAGCAAGGCCUCUUACCGAACUGUUGAGGAAGGAUCAAUUUUUGUGGAGGGUUGAAGCUACAUUAGCCUUUGAGGCUCUGAAGAAGGCGAUGGCUACCACCCCAGUCUUGGCUCUGCCGAAUUUCGAGGAAGUAUUUGUGUUGGAAUCUGAUGCCUCAGGCGUGGGGUUGGGGGCUGUUUUGAUGCAGCAGCAGAGACCGUUGGCAUAUUUUAGUCAGGCCCUAUCAGACCGUCAGCGCCUCAAAUCCGUAUAUGAGCGAGAGCUCAUGGCCAUUGUGCUAGCAGUGCAGAAGUGGAGGCAUUACUUGCUGGGGAGGAGGUUCAUAAUCAGAACAGACCAGAAGAGUCUCAAGUUCCUGUUGGAGCAGAGAGAGGUGAACUUGGAGUACCAAAGAUGGUUAACUAAAUUGCUUGGAUUUGAUUUCGAGAUACAGUACAAGCCAGGGUUGGAAAAUAAAGCUGCUGAUGCUCUUUCAAGGAGAGAAUGGGGGCCGGAGUUAUUAGCUCUUACGAUCCCUACAUCAAUUCAACUGGAGGAGUUAUCUGAACUGGUGGACAGGGAUCCUGAGAUGCUGGCCAUACGAGAAGCUGUUAAAGAAGGAUCUGGAGAACACAAGGAUUACUCAGUGGUACAAGGGAGGCUCUUGCGCAAAGGCAAGCUGGUUAUUCCUCAAAACUCCAGUGUCAUCAAGACCAUAAUGGAAGAGUUCCACUGUGGGAAAAUAGGAGGGCAUGGAGGGGUUCUAAGGACGCAGAAGAGGAUAGGGGACGUGUUUUACUGGAAGGGGAUGAUGACAGAUAUUAAGAGAUUUGUGGCUUCGUGUCUCACUUGUCAGAGGCACAAGUAUUCAACCUUAGCUCCUGGGGGAUUGCUACAACCACUACCAGUGCCAGAGAAGGUUUGGGAUGACGUAUCGAUGGACUUCGUAGAGGGUCUUCCGCGUUCUGAAGGGUAUAACUCAAUCAUGGUUGUCGUGGAUAGGCUGACGAAAUAUGCGCAUUUCAUCAAACUCAAACACCCAUACUCUGCUGUAGACGUGGCAGGGGUGUUUGCGCAAGAGGUCUUGAAGCUGCACGGGUUUCCAAGGACGAUAGUCUGUGACCGCGACAGGGUAUUCACGAGCCAGUUCUGGAAGGAAUUGUUUAAACUGGCCGGGACGAGACUCUGUUUCAGUACUGCCUACCAUCCCCAAUCAGACGGACAAACGGAAGUAACCAACAGAGGACUGGAGACCUACUUGCGGUGCUUUUCCAGUGACAAACCGAAGGAGUGGGGCAAAUACUUGAUGUGGGCGGAGCUAAGUUACAACACUGCCUACCAUUCAACCAUUCAGAUGUCACCAUUUCAAGCCCUCUAUGGUCGAGAUCCUCCUGCUUUAAUCAAAUAUGAGCAGGGAUCGACUAGUAACGCAGAAUUGGAAGAGAAACUGUUGGAGCGUGAUGCGAUGAUUGAGCUGCUGAGAGAACAUUUACACAAAGCCCAACAGACCAUGAAGAACAGGGCUGAUGGGCGUAGGAGGGAAGUUGAGUUUGAAGUGGGAGAUAAAGUCUUUCUGAAGCUUAGGCCAUACCGACAGCACACACUGGCUAGAAGAAGUAAUGAGAAGCUAGCUGCCCGGUUCUAUGGUCCUUAUGAGAUAGCAUCAAGGGUAGGAAAGGUUGCCUACAGGCUACACCUUCCGGAAGAAGCAAAGAUCCACCCAACUUUUCACGUAUCACAGCUAAAAAAGUUGGAAGGAGAGGUGGUGGAUUCAGUUUCUAUUCCACCACAACUGACUGAGGAGGGAGAAAUGAUUGCUGAACCAGAGGCAAUACUGGGAACUAGGAAGAACGUGAUCUCAGGUCAAGAAGAGGUCCUUAUCAAGUGGAAAGGAUUACCGGCAUUCGACAGUUCUUGGGAGUGGAGUAAUGUGAUCAGGGCGCAGUAUCCUAACUUCGACCUUGAGGACAAGGUCAAUUUGGUUGAAGGGGGUAUUGAUACGUAUGGAAUCAUCAAGCCUCCUAUUCUGUACCAGUACCAACGCAAAGGCCGAAAAGACUGGAAGGUUUCGGUAGAAGAAGCUCAAGAGACAGUUAAUCUCUGGUAUAAUGACAGACAAGAAGUCCGGAAAUGGCAAGAACUACGCAAGAAAGAAGCUAUACAAAAUGGGUAUGUGCUGACUUUGUUGGGAAGGGCUCGUAAGUUCCCUGCGUACCGUUCACGUGCCCAAAAGAACCAUAUCGAACGAGCAGCAAUCAACACUCCUGUUCAGGGAAGUGCGGCUGAUGUUGCUAUGUGCGCUAUGCUGGAGAUAACAACAAAUGAACGUUUAAACGAGCUUGGUUGGAAGCUGCUUCUACAAGUUCAUGAUGAAGUAAUCUUGGAAGGACCAAGUGAAUCAGCCGAGUUAGCUAAAUCCAUAGUUGUGGACUGCAUGUGUAGACCAUUCAACGGCAAGAACAUUCUCUCAGUCGAUUUGUCUGUUGAUGCCAAGUGUGCUCAGAACUGGUAUGCUGCUAAGUAA